AUGGAGGUGAGUUUCAAGUCUCCUUGCCUUGAAAAACCAGAAGCUGAGGCUGAAGUAGAAGAAGACAUGCGCUUUCACAAGUCUCUUCAGGAGCUAAGAGAACUGCAGUCUCAGCUGCACAAUGCUGCAGAUUAUUGUGAAAAAACUUUCUUGAAAUGUGAAGUUAAGAGAGAUGUGAUGGAAAACACAAAAGAAUACAUUUGCAGGGCCAUGGUCACUGUAGUUGAUCAUUUUGGAAACGUCUCAGCUAAUCUUGAAGGCCUUAUUUCUCAAACAAGUGCAUUUUGUGAGGCUGAGUCACGAAUCCAGUGCCUCAGACAAAGACUUUUCUCAUGUGAACAAUAUGCUGAUAAGCUUGCACUCACAAAAAUGAGAUGGAGGGAGAAAGUGCCAAGAUUCCAUUCUCGAUAUUUAUCUUCACCACCCAUUCUUGAGAGAUCAAGCAGUGAGAAAUUAAGAGAUUCAAAAACUGAAGAUCCCACAAAAGUAGAAGAUAAACACAUACAAGAAAAGCAGGAGGAAUUGCCACUUUUCUUGUGCACCCAAAAGCCACAUGCAGAGAAGAAUUUGAAGCCAACCAGUGUUGCUACAUUGAGCAAACAUAACAAUCUGACCAUGGUGGUACCUGUUCGGGACUGUUUGUCAGUCUUAACAAAAGUUUCAAAUCCUACAUUUCAUUUCCAAGGUUCCCCGAAGAUUACACGCCAUAGAAGAUCCUUGCAUGGCAGUGACAUCUUAUGGCUCAUACGGCGUACUAAAAGAAUCCAAUGA